GGGCGGGGCCCCACCAUGUCCCAGGUGCCCCCAUCCCUGUGGGAGCUAGUGGAGGAGCAUAUUCAGCCUCCCGAGCGGGCAGAGGUGAAGAGGAUCCUGGGUGAGGCCGCGGUGGACCUGAGCCUGGAGCUUCGGGCUGAGGUAGAAAUCCUGACGGCCCUCCUCGAGGAGGAGCGCAAGGCCGUCCAGGGUCCCGACCACGCCCCCCACCCCACCCCCCUCUCGCUGCUGGCCCCGCCCCCAUUGAUGCGGGACCUGGUGCGAAGGGAGCUGAGGCAGCUCCUGUGCAGUCUUCACCACAAGGCAGCGCUGGAGGGCAGGGACACGGCCAAGGCCUGGGCCCGCUACAGCCCCAAAGUGCUUCGCUUUGCCCUUGGAGACCCCAGGGACAGUGUAGAGGAUGAGCUUGAAGCCAGGCUGCCUGGAUCUCCGGGCCUCAGCAGCAGCCAGGACCUCAGUGCAAUCAAGGAUUGCCUCAACGUGGCCAACAUUGACCAGGUCAUCCAACAUCUUCGGACCCUCCUGAAAGAGGAGUGCCAUGCUCUGGAGAGAGAGAUCAAAGCCUUGCAGCUUUGCCUGGAGGACGUGCACAGCUCGGUGGCAGAAUCCUCCCUGAUGAUGCUGGAGCCCACCCUGGCAGAACUCAAAGAGCAGAAGAGGGCCAUGGAACAGGAUCUGCUGGGGCCCCCGACACCCCUGGCCCCUUGUCCCAGCUUUCGAGGGGACAAGAGCCAAGAUGCUGGCUGGCAAGGGCUGGGCAGGCAGAGGAUGCUCUCCAGCAAGGGCCAGGACCUGCCCUUUUCUGGGCAGCAGCCCCAGGAGUUCCGGAGCUGUGGCCUGCUGCCAGUCCUUCCCCCUACACCUCCUCAGCCACGGGCCUCAGGCACCUCCUACCGCCAGAGCCGCUGGGGCCACCACCUGCAGUGCCAUCCCCGCAACGGGCCACUGACCAGUGCAGGGCCUCAUGCAGGUGCUGCCUCCUGAUGGCUGUGGCCUGGGAGCCGAGAGCCAGGCUGGGGAAUAAAGGC